GUUCACAGACUUCAUUUACCAACAUAGAUGAAAUUUCACACUAAAAUUUAUUUAUUAUUUUCAGGUUAUCUCCUGUCUGUGGAAAAGAUGUCACCUAUGUCAGCUGUCAAGUCUCGUCUCCUCCCUGCCAUUACCACCGUUACAUCUGUCGGUGUUGGGGUAUUGCUCGGAGUUCAGUACGAAAGAAAAGCGCUCCCCUUUCCAUCAGUACUGGCAAAAACGUCUUCUCCCAGUGAUGAAGUUGAUACCAGAACGGUACCAGGACAUCUGGUUCCAGUCCCACCAAUGCCCGGUCCUCAAAGCAGUCCGGGAAAAGCCGGUCAAAUCAUGAGGUACGGUUUCCCGGGGCUCACGGACUUGAAGUCUCGCGAGGGAUACGUCGUUUCCUACGACAGGAGAAACAGGAACCCUCAUUGGGUGUUUGAGCACCUCACCUCUGCCCAUGUGAGGGGGGACUCGGACAGGCAGCAGUGUGACUUUAAGGAGGAUGAGACGAUUCAUCCCUACUUCCGAGCGACCAACUGGGACUUCAAGCGCAGCGGGUAUGAUCGUGGUCACCUGGCAGCUGCAGCCAAUCACAGGCAUUCGCAAACCGCCAUGGGGGAUACCUUCUACCUGAGUAACAUCUCUCCACAGGUUGGGGAAGGGUUUAACCGUGAUGCGUGGAACAGGCUGGAGAUGUAUGUCAGAGGUCUGACCAAACAGUUCAACAACGUCUACAUCUGCACAGGACCACUGUACUUGCCAAGGAAGGAGGUGGAUGGCAAGAUGUAUGUCAAGUACGAGGUGAUUGGUCGAAACCAUGUUGCCGUGCCAACCCAUUUCUUCAAGGUUAUAGCCUGUGAGACGAACAAGGGAGAACUCAUCUUGGAGUCCUACGUCAUGCCCAAUGCCAAGAUUGACAACAACCUACCCCUCAAGAACUUCUUAGUGCCAGUAGAGAGCAUAGAGAGGGCAUCAGGAUUACUUCUUUUUGACAGGAUACCAAGGAAUGCAUUCAAGGCUAUUAAUGGGAGACAACCUUGAUGAUACUAACUUUCUACCCAACUGUAUAAACCCCGUAACAAUUCGUUAACCAAAUGGCUACUUCAAUGUAUUUAGUAGGAGAAAGAUUUUGCAAAUGUUAUGUAUUUAGAAAAAAUCAUCAGAUAUUUUUGCCAUUCCAUAACCUUUGCCAAGAUUACGUUUUUGUCAGAUACUGGUCCCCUUGUAGCUUUCUGUUGUACUGCAGCAAAACUCCUGGUUUAAUAUCUCGGGUUUUGGACCUGCCAGUUUUUUUUGUUAGAAUUUAGAUAGCUCUACUGGGUAGAAGUGACAUAACUUAUUUUAAGUUGAAAUAGACAUUCAAGAUCACUCUUCCUAUACAUAAGCAUCUAAGGUAAGGAGAGUCAAUGAAUUUUUUAACAGUCUAUGCUGGAAAGAUCUUAUUGACAUCUUUUAAUGAUACCUAGGGAAAUGGUAGUCAUAGAAGGCAAACUCAGAAAAACAUUACCAUCAAAACAGCUAAAGUCACAUGUUGUAUUGAAGGAAUGUUCGUACACCACAGUGUGUCUUUUUUAUGCAAGUCAACUUCUCAUGGAUAGAAAAUAAAAUUUUGACUGUUUCAAGUAAGUCUAUUGAUUACAAUGAUGAUGGUGAAUAACUUCAGAACUAGGUAAUAAAUAAGGAUUCAAAGUACUGUGUGCAUGUGAACUUCUGUGCACCCAAAAUUGGAGCUGUGAACCUAGUUUUUUUACUGUGAGUGCAAAGGUGUACCUAGAUAAUUGUAUAGUUAUACACUAGUAUACAGCAUAUUCUUCAGUGCUCUAUCUUGUUUCUUCUCAUUUUUCACGAUCUUAUGUUUUGAACCAAAAAUCAUUUCCGUGCAUCAACAUGUCACUUUUUAGUUCAGGUACAUACAUUCCUAAAAGUAAAUUUCCAUCCCAGUACAUGUACUUACUCAAACGUUAGGACAAAUGAGAAAGUAUGAAGGUGAAAAAUAAUUUACACCAUAUAUACAAUGUACAUUCUGCUUUCAGUAGUCAUUUUUUUGCCUACCCAAAAGUAUACAUGAGGUAUUGUCUACAGGAAUAUACAAUGUAGGAAGGGCUAACAAUCAUAAUUAAUGGUACCUGUAGUAGAAAGGAAAUGUUCCCGACUUACUUGGUAGCAUAUUAACAAAAGUAAGUUUACACACAAUUAGUUUUUUAUUAACUUGUCAAAAUAUGCUUGAUCCCACAUCCAGGAACUUAACUUUUAUUUAAUACUACACUUUCAUAAUUGUAAUAAGUCUACCAAACAACCUUAUGGCAGCUGUUUGUGUUUUUACAAUAAAGUGUACAUGACAA